GAGCUUCGCAGAUCUGGUGGCGAGUCUUCAUCUCAGACCCUUGGCUCACCGCAUCGACGUGCUCCGCCUCUCUCCACCUCUUCCAAUAGCAGGAAUCGUUUACUCCGCUUGGUGUCGGUUGUUGUUGUUUCCUCGUUCUGCUCCUCGGGAUCCAUGACUGAAUACUUCUUCACGUCAAAGGGUCACCGCUGCUCUCCCUUCCUCGCCUCCGUCAAAGCUCAAGUGCUAUGCCCCCGCUCCGCUUUCAUGAUCGAUGAACCGUUCACCUCCAUCAACCGCCGCCGUCGUUUGCACUCUGGAUUAGGUCAAACGUCCCGAUGGAAGAGCUUGUGUUGGGCUUGGUCCAUCUUUUGGACUUAUGGGCUUUAUUCUGGCCCAUUAAGAGUGUUGGGCUGCAAGCUUUAUUUGCUCUGCGUUAAGGCUUAUAUGGCCUGCCCAUUAGUACUGCAUCAAAUUUCACCAACGCCCUCCACCUUCCCUGGUUGUCUCCGUCAUCUCCCUUGCCACCCACUCGCUACAUCAUGCUUCUUCUCACACCGGAUCACCGGAUACUCCUCUGGUUUCCUCUUGCCUGCACCGAUACUCCUUCGGCAGGCCCAGUUUGCAUCCAAGCUCGAAUCACUUUUGUUGAUUCGGCUUCCGCCCAAAUUUGGCGAAGUUUGCUCACCGGAUACUUCUCCGACGUCCUUCUGCCUGCAAUUAAGGCUGAUACAGGUUGCUUCCAACCUGGAACCACUUUUGCUGGUUCGUUUGUCAUUGCAACGUCACAAUGUAUGGUGACUAUCUCCUUACCGGUUGAUGAUUAUGUGUCGAAUGCGUUUUCUUUCAUGGGUUUGCUCGUGUUAGUUUGUUUCGACAUUUCUCCUGGUGCCCUAUCAAGCUUCUUCAAGCUUGUGUCUCUAUGUUUGUUUAAUGUAUGCUCCUAUGUUUUAUUUUCCAAGCUUGCUAUUCGGAUAUGUCCGAAUAAGCCCAUUCCGUUUGUAUCUUUCUAGGUUGAAUGAAAGAUUUUAGUGCAC